GUUUGCCAAGGGCUCUGGCCGGGGUAUUCCAUCCCAGAUUGUGGUCCCUGUAACGGAAAAGUGGGUGGUGAGGGGAUGCAGGACUCUGCCCGGUUUGUACAGGACAUCCCUGUCCCUGGAGAAAAUGGACAUUCAGGUUGAAAGCUGAGAAGCCCGUCAAGGGCUAAACAGAAAACAAGCGACUCCAAAAAAGUAGCCAGAAGCACGAUGCUGAGUGAAGGCAGCCUUUUAAGUCACCCAGGCAGCCGGCAGACUGAGGGGCUGUGGAGUUGGGGGAGAUGAAAACCACAACACCCCCUUGAGAGAGUCGAGAACAUGCGUUGAUAAACCAUGAUGCAGCCGGCCUGCAUGUCCCUUUAAGAGUUUGGUUGGCUCUGUGCCAUCUCUGUGCCCGUCCCUCCUCUCUGUGAUACGUAGCUCUAGCCUAGUCUCCUCGCAUGCUGCUGUCUGUGUUUUCCUUCUCUACCUCAGCUGCUCCCAUCCCAGGCAGGAUGGCCUCUCAAGGCCCCCGGAAGCUGGAGGAGAAGCUGGUCUGCUCCAUCUGCCUGGAGAUGUUUGGGACAGCGGUGACCAUGCCCUGUGGGCACAACUUCUGCAUGAAGUGUAUCAACAACCACUGGGACAAGGAAGAGAAGGAGGCUCCGCCAGGCGAGAAGGACUACACCUGUCCCGACUGCAGGAAACGCUUCAAGAAGCGGCUGGAACUCAGGAAGAAUGUCGCCCUUUGCAGCGUGGUGGAGCUGGUCAGGUCUGGAGAAGUGCAGGCCUCCAGCGCCGAGAGGAAAACCCCCACCAAUGGAAGGAGGUGCUGCUCCAGGCAUGGGCGGCCCCUGGAGCUAUACUGCCAAGAGGACAAGAUGUGCAUCUGCUGCGUGUGCACGGUGAAGGAGUGCCGGGACCACCACAGGGUCCUGUUUGAGGAGGAGCGAAAGAGAAAGGAGGUCCUUUUAGAAGAGUCUCUGGCGAAAACCCAGGAGGAGACAGUAAAGACCGAAGAGGAGAUCCACAAACUGGAGGAACAAACUGGCACCAUAAAGGAUUCUUCAGAGAGGCUGAAAUCGGGGAUUUUGCAGAAGUUUGCCCACCUGAUGAAAGAGCUGGAGGAGUGCCAGAGGGGGGCCGUGGACAAGAUUGAGCAAGAGCAAGCCACUGCCCUAGGGCAAGUGGAGGAGAACUGGAGCCAGCUGCAGGAUCAUCUGGCCAUGCUCACCCAGCACCAGCAAAAGGCCCAGGAGCUGCUCACCUGGGUGGACGACAUGAAAUUCCUAGAGGAAUUCCUGCUGCUCCCUUCUCCAGGCAGCCUGGGAGUUUUGCCAGCUGUUGAAUUCAAUGUGGCCAGCACGGUGGAUUCCACUGCUAAGAUCCUCACCGAGGUCUCUAGACUUUUGCUGGAGGAUUUGCCCAACUCCCUGAACCCAAAGGCGGCUGAUGCUGAACCCAAAGAGUCAACCAAGCCAAAGGCGCUUGCUGUGAUGAAGGCAGGACCAGCCCUUCCCGAGUGUGAAUUAAGAGUGGAGCUUCUGAAGGAUCAUCGAAAUUUGACCUUUGACCCGGACACAGCCAAUAGGUACCUGCAGCUGUCCAAUCAGAACCAAAAGGCCAAGCACACCCAUUCUCCUGAUGGCCUUUGUCAGGAUCAUGCCGACAGGUUUGAGGUGUGGCAGGUUCUGUGCAGCCAAAGCUAUAGCCAAGGCCGCCACUACUGGGAAGUCAGGAUCUCCAGCCACUCCGUCAUCCUAGGUGUAACAUACAAGAAAAUCCAGAGGAAGAAGCGAGCGGGUCGCUCCUUCAGCAUCGGACUGGAUGGACUGUCCUGGGGGCUGCAGAUCCGGGAGGACUGCUACUUGGCAUGGCACGAGGGCCGGUCGCAUAAGAUCCGGGCGCCCUUGUACAAAUGCCUCGGAGUCAGCCUGGACUAUGGCACAGGCAUCCUGUCGUUCUAUGGCAUCGGGGACGAGAUGAGGCUCCUCCACUCUUUCCAUUGUGUCUUCACUGAGCCCCUCUACCCAGUCUUCUGGCUCUGCGAAGGCAGAGCCGUCACCCUUUGCCAACAGAACUGAGCCAGCGGCUGGGCUGCAGAAGCCAAGCCACAGCCAGCGGGGCGUAUCCCACCUUGCAGCCAGCUGCCUGGCUUUAUUCGGGGGGCAGCGACUAAAGCUGCAGCCAGGACCGGAGGGGUCACAAUGCAGUUGGUUCGCAGGGCCCAGGCGAUGGGGUUGCAAUGAGUUAAACACGGGCAGAUGAGGCAGGGACCCUGAAAAGCAAAGAAACGGGGCUGGAAUGAAAAUUGUCUAAGUCGUUCAGCCAUAUGUAAAUUAGAGUUAGGUGGCGGGAGACCUGCUUCCUUACCUGUCACAAAGCUCCCCUGCUGGAAGAGGU